AUCAGAUGCGCGUCUGUGGUUGGCGCAUGCGCGGGACGACUGUACGUCUUGUUCCCAAACAGAAGCAGCGAAGGGAGCAGAGAGCAGAUGGAGGCACUCUGAAGAAUUUGGCCACUCGUUUCUCCGAACAGCAGUAGACCCUCCAGACUUUUGCUUUCACUUCUUCAGUGUGGACAGACUUUGGAGAGGAAAGUACCCAUAUCAUGGCGGCUGCUGCUGCUGUUGCUUCGACCUCCAAAGGCAGCCUGAGGGAGGACCUGACAUGUGCCAUAUGCUGCGAUCUGUUUAGGGAGCCUGUCAUGUUGGCCUGUAUGCACCACUUCUGUAAACCCUGCAUCUCCAGGUACUGGAGGGGGACUCAAGGCCCUGUCACCUGCCCUCAGUGUCGCAAGGAGUUCAGCUCCAAGCAGUUUCAGACUAACUACCUUGUGACAGCCAUGGUGGAGAAGGUCAGGGCCACAACCUCGGACACUUACAUCAAGAACCUAGAGAAACAGCUGAGAGAGACAUUGGAGAGCCAUCGCCUGAAGAAGGAGGACUUCAUCAACAGCAUUCGCAGAGACAAAGACAAGAUGGAGACCAUAAAGAAAAUCGGGGCAGAUCUGCAGACUCGUGUCAAAGGGGAAUUCCGAACCCUCCAUCAGAUCUUGCAGGACGAGGAGACCUGCGUGCUGGAGCAGCUGAAGAGAGAGCAGGAGGAGGAGCUGGAGAAAGUUCAGCACCACCUGGAGGCCGUCGAGCUGGCCGUGAGGGAGCUCGAGGACAAUAUCAGAAUGCUACGGCAGGCUAGUGCCACCACUGAGAACACCGUACUGUCUGAGCUUCCACAGCUAAGACCGUGCGUGCUGGUGGAUACGGCCCCGGAGUUUGAUAUCAACGCUUUCAGCAACAAAUACUUGGCUCCGUUACAGUACAUCACAUGGAGGAAGAUGUUCAAGUCCUUAAAGCCAGGUCCUUCCCCAUUAACGUUCGAUACUGACACAGCGCACCCGAACAUCUACGUCUCCAGGGACAAAACCGUGGCAGUCGAAUGCGACACUGUGGUCCCAUAUAUAGACCACAGCAAGCGUUUCCUCCAGUGCGUCAACAUCCUGGCUGCCCAGGGCUUCCAGACUGGCCGACACUACUGGGAGGUAGAAGUGGGCUCCAAGCCCAAGUGGGACCUGGGCGUCGCCUCUGAGGCCAUAGACAGGCGUGCUCGGAUUAAGCUGAGCCCUGAAAGUGGCUACUGGACGCUGCGGUUGCGCAACGGGAAUGAGUACUCGGCCGGCACGCAGCCCUGGACGAGGCUGCAGCUCGCCUCCUCCCCUCAAAGCCUCGGUGUGUUCUUAGACUGCGAGGAGAGAAGAGUGUCCUUCUACAACGCCGACGACAUGAGUCUGCUCUACUCGUUCACCAAUGGGCCGAGGGGCAAAGUGUUCCCAUUCUUCAGCCCGUGCAUCAGUGGGAGCAGUCAGAGACCUCAGCCCAUCAAACUCCUCCACUACCCUGCUGUGGCUCUGUCGGGCUAAUGCGGAAUCAGUCAAUGAAAGCUUUUCAGUAUGUAACAGCUGCCCAUUCACUUAUUGACCAGUGACUCUUAUCAGUUGCUCUCGUGUUAAACAUUUCAGACUCUUCGCAUUUCCCAUGCUCUAAUGAUCGGGUAUUGCCAGAUGCAUCCAUUUUCUUUCCGAAAUGAACUUAAAAAGCCUCGAAAUGUUGAAAUGCCUUGAAAAUUGCCGUAUGCGCCAUUUGAAAAUCCCAUUGUGCUAUAAUUGUCCUGGAAAGGCUGAAUCAUUUUUGCUGGAGAAAUCCCAUUAAAAACAAAUAUGCAACCAUUUUUCGGUUGAAUAAAGUGACGCUAAGAUGCAGCAAAUGACAUUUAAAGAUGCUGGUUCUUCUUAAAUACUGUAGAUGAGAUGAAUUAAUAUUACACGUGAUAAUUUGAAUUGUUUAUCUCUAAUCAAGUUGUACUAUCUUUAGGCUCACUUGUUAAAUUGUUUUGUUUUUAGUCACCAUUGAGUUCUGUAUGUAGGAACUGCGCACUUUACUGUGAGAUUUUAUAUUCGACUAAAAGGUUUUUCAUUUUUUCUAGAUGAAAUGAAACUGUCUGUUUUCUGACAGAGAUGUAACGCACACAGAUGUAACUUCAUGCCACCUUCCAGCAUCUUCAGCUGACUUUUGUCAUUAUUUGUACCUUCAUGUAUAUACAUUACAUGUGCCUUAAUUUCAACACUGUCAUAUAAUAUACACUCACUGAAAAUUAUUCAAAUGUAGUUCUUUGCAGUAUGUUGCAUAUCAUUUGCAUUUGCAUGUUCGAUCGUGAAGAGCAGUUACUGUAAAAACCUGCUGAUGCAAAUAAAACGCCAAAUCACUUUUUCUCUCAAACAACAA